CCCCACUUUUACUACCUAAAUACUAACUAGUCCAGCUUUAACCAUCUUCCCGAACUGCAGCAUCUUCUACCUUGGGCAAUUCCUUAGACCAUCGUGAACUUACGAAUCAGAAGUUUUAUUAAAUAAUUUUUGUUGGCCACAUCAAAUGCGCAUUGAAAUUAGCGUUGGACACUAACAUCGAGGUGCUUACAAUUGGAAAUAAGCCAGGAUGCUGAAAUCCAGGAGAUUACUGGUAGCGCUGGGAAAAAUUGAUUUGGGCCGUCCUGCAGCGCUGAGUAGCAAUUUUCCAGUCAAUUAUCUUUCAAGGAUCGCAUCUCAAAAACACGAUUCAAUCGUCGCUUCGCCCUGGAAAAGUAUCGACAUCCCCGAUGCAACACUGCCUGAGUUCGUCUUCGAGAAUAGUUCAAAAUGGGCGGACAAAGUGGCCGUUGAAUGCGGCCUGACCGGCAAAGGCUACACGUACGACGAGCUGAGGAUUAAUAGUAAAAGGCUGGCUUGCGCUCUAUUGAAAGCCGGAUUAAACAGAGGAGACACAGUAACAUUAUUACUGCCCAAUAUGCCUGAGUAUGCCGUCAGCUAUUACGGGGUUAUGGAGGCCGGUUUAACCCUUUCCGCCAUUAACCCACUUUAUUCAGCAGAUGAAAUAGCGCAUCAGUUGACCGACUCGGGAUCAAAGUAUAUCAUAUGCCAUCAUGACUCUCUCGAAAAGGCCUUGACAGCCAGAAACCUUCUAGAAAGAAAUCUCCAUGUUAUUUGCGUGAACGAUUUCGACGGCCGAACCAGGGAGAUUCCAAGCUGCGUGAGGCCUUUCAGCGAUUUAAUAAGCCCCAGGGACAUAUCCGACUUGGAAAAACAAGCCCACCCGGUGGCAGCAAAUGAGACAACGGCUUUUCUCCCUUACUCCAGCGGGACGACUGGCCUUCCAAAAGGCGUCUGCCUCACCCACAAAAACCUAGUCGCCAACGUUGCUCAAAUAACCCAUAACGAUAUUACUAUAAACCAACCAACAACAAAAGAUCACCAAGAUUCGGUUAUAGCCGUUCUGCCGUUUUUCCACAUUUACGGAUCAACGGUCUCCCUAUCCAGGACGUUAAGGGAAGGUGGUAAAGUGGUGACGUUGCCCAAAUUCGAGCCGGCCAGCUUUCUCAACAGCUUGUCAACGAACAAAAAUAUUGUUCUUUACGCUGCUCCUCCUAUGAUCAUUUUCUUGGCCUCCCAUCCUUCAGCAACAGAGAAACACCUGAAACACCUGAGGAUCACCAUGACGGGCGGAGCUCCGUGCAGUGACUCCGACUUAGAGAAAUUGUUCGAUAAGAAAAAGCACGUUGUCAUCCAAGGCUACGGGCUGACAGAAUCCGCACCUGUACUUACUCAUUCCCAUCAAGAUUACAAAGACAGAGCUUCUACUGGAGCCAUCGUAUCAAAUACAUUGGCUAAGGUGGUCGAUACGGAAACUGGAAAGGAUCUCCCUGCCGGUGAAACAGGAGAACUAUGCUUCAAAGGGCCUCAAAUUAUGAAAUGUUAUCAUAAUCGGCCCGAAGCGACGGCUGAAACAAUCGAUAAAGACGGCUGGCUCCAUACAGGGGACGUAGGGUACAUAAACGAAUUAAAAAAUUGUUUCAUAGUAGAUAGAAAAAAGGAAUUGAUCAAAGUCAAGGGUUUUCAGGUCCCUCCCGCUGAGUUGGAAAGUAUAUUGAGGCAGCAUCCCAAGCUAUACGACGCAGGGGUCACUUCUCUCCCUUGUUCCAGAAACGGCGAAGUUCCGGUCGCAUUCGUCGUUCCAAACCCAGGAAACCAAAAUAUAAAAGAGGAAGAGAUAAAAGACUACGUUGCGUCGAAAGUUGCCCCUUACAAGAAGGUUUCCAAAGUCGUAUUCGUAGACGCCAUACCAAAAAACCCUUCCGGAAAAAUCCUUAGGCGCGUUCUCAAAGAAAUGAUCCAAACGGAGUUACAACAAAAACAACGCUAGUUAAAUCAAACCAAAGAAAUUAUAAUUUAAUUUAAAAUUGAAGUAUUUGUGUAGGAGAGUUUUAAACACUAAACAAAACGUUAUGAAUGGUGUAGUUUGGUCGUUCCAUUUCGUCACAACAGCCAAGGUACAUGUUCACCUCAACAAAAUAUCUCUUAAUUUGUACAUGUUAUUCUAAGUCAGGGUGUUUUAUAUCAAGUCAAGAGAAAAAAAUUAGAAAAACAUAUUUGAUAUAAGUUUCUCUAAUUUCUGAAUGUACCAAUUUUUAUGAAAAAUAUAUUUUUAUAUAAUA